AUGCAGGUCAAAGCCUUCUGGGUGGGCGCAUCCCGGCAGUUUGCCAGCACCUGGGCUGCAAGGUCCCCAGAAGUCAUCGUCGCGAUCAACUAUCACGGGCAGCAAGGAAGAUCUUACAAAAUUCUUUUCGACACUGUCUUCUACAGAGGCGAGCUGAAAGCUGCUGUCCAAGCUUUCCGUGACGGGCUGCAGAUGCGCAUUCUUUACACACAUCCCAGCAUGACAAAUGGCGACAUGAUUGCGGCGACUUCCGUCAUGUACGAAAGGGCACGCUUGCUGUCCCCUGUGCCUGCAGAGAAGUUUCGGGAUACCACCACGUGGCAUUUCGGUCACUGCGCCAAGGAAAAUCUUGCGCAAGCAGUGAGCCAGACACAGAUUCUCCUCGAUCCCGAUGACCCUCAGUUCCUCAACAACCUUGGGGUCAUGUACUUUGAGGGCCUCGGGGUGGCUCGCGACUGGCAAUGGGCGCGGUGGCUCUUUGAACGGAGCAUGGAGCGCGUCGACCGAGACGUCCGAAAGGCCAUCGAUCUGUAUCAGAAGGGCGUCACAAGGGGCGAUGACCUUGCCCCUGUUCUUCUUGCGGAAAUGUACCGCGAUGGCAUUGGCGUGGCCCAGGACUUCCAAAAGGCCAUAAGCUUGUAUGAGAUGGCUUUGGAAAGGGGGGAUUCUCAAGCUGCACAUCGGCUUGGCCACAUGUACGAGAAUGCGCAAGGUGUAGCCCGAAACCUCCAGAAGGCAAAAGAAUUGUACGAGCUGAGCAUCCAAAAAGGCGAUGUUUCUGCCUUCAACAGCCUUGGAGCCAUGUAUGUCAAUGGUAUCGGGGUGCGCAAGGACCUCGAAAAGGCCAAAGAAUUGUUCGAGACGGCAAUUGAUAGGGGUGACGCUUCAGCCGCCAAUUGGCUUGGCACCAUGUACCUGCGUGGAGACGGUGUAACACAAGACCUGCAUAAGGCCAAGGAGCUGUACGAGAUGGGCAUAGCAAGAGGCGACACCAUUUCCCCCCAAAGCCUUGCGCACAUGUACCGCAAUGGCUACGGGGUGCACCAGGACUUCCAAAAGGCCAGGGAACUGUACGAGACGGCCUUAGAACGGGGUUCCCCGAGAGCCGCAUACGAGCUUGGCAACAUAUACCAGUAUGGGAUGGGUUUAGCCCGAGACUUGCACAAGGCCAAAAAACUGUACGAGCUGGGCAUUCAAAGAGGCGACGACCUUUCCUUUUACAGCCUUGCAACCAUGUACCGCGAUGGCGUCGGGGUGCAGCAAAACUUCCAAAAGGCUAAAGUCUUGUAUGAGACUUUCUUCGAAAAAGGUCACACUGGAGCCUUCUUUGAGCUUGGUAACAUGUACCAGCAUGGGAGAGGUGUAGCCCAAGAUUUUGGCAAGGCCAAGGAACUUUACGAGCUGGGCAUAGCAAGAGGCGACAUCUUGUGCCCCGAAAGCCUUGGACACUUGUACCGCGAUGGCCUCGGGGUGCCGCAGGACUACAGCAAGGCCAGAGAGCUGUAUGAGAUGGGUUCGGACAGGGGCAGCUAUGGAGCUGCGCUCAGCCUUGCGUGCAUGUACAAAUACGGCCUCGGCGUUUCCCAGGACUCUGCGAAAGCCCGGGAAUUCUACGACAAGGGUUCCGGAUCGAGUGGCAAUGCGAGAGAGGCCGGGGAGUGGGAUAGCUGCCUGUGUGGCACUUCUGAGAUCCCGGUCCAGGCCCCGAACCUGGACACUGCUGGCGAUGUGCGACGCGAAAAAAGUGCAUCUUACAUUGAGAGUUGUGAAGAAGAGCUUCGAAUGCUCAAGAAGAGAAUUGAGGAGAGCUGCGAAGAGGACCAGCGAAAUGGCGCGACGGUCUCUGCUGGAGGCUGCCACGCCGAGGCAGAAGCCGUUGUCUACGAUGGAGACUACGAGGUCUGGAGCCAGAGCUUGCUAACGUGCGGCAGCGACAAGACGCACCUCUUGCUGUGGAGUGGCUAUCAAGAUGAAGAGCGUGAAGACGUUCUUCGACCAUUGCGAGAAAAGGGCGGCUGCGUCUUGCAAAGCCAGGAGGAUCCGGACACCCGGCUCGGCGAGCUCCUGAAUGCUCCCGGUGUGAAUACCCUGAAGUCCUGCAGCUUGCCGAAGGUCAAAGCCUUCUGGGCGGGCGCAUCCCGGCAGUUUGCCAGCACCUGGGCUGCAAGGUCCCCAGAAGUCAUCGUCGCGAUCAACUAUCACCAGCAGCAAGGACGAUCUUACAAAAAUCUGUUCGACACUGUCUUCUACAGAGGCGAGCUGAAAGCUGCUGUCCAAGCUUUCCGUGACGGGCUGCAGAUGCGCAUUCUUUACACACAUCCCAGCAUGACAGAUGGCGACAUGAUUGCGGCGACUUCCGUCAUGUACGAAAGGGCACGCUUGCUGUCCCCUGUGCCUGCAGAGAAGUUUCGGGAAACCACCGCGUGGCGAUUCGGUCACUGUGUCAAGGAGAACCUUGCACAAGCAGCUACGAAGACAUUGGUUCUCCUCGAUCCCGAUGACCCUAAGUUCCUCAACAACCUUGGGGUCAUGUACUUUGAUGGCCUCGGGGUGGCUCGCGACUUGCAAGAGGCACGGGGCCUUUUCGAGCGGAGCAUGUCCAGAGGCAACGCUAGAGCCCCAACCAGCCUUGGCAUCAUGUACCAGCAGGGGCGAGGUGUAGUUCAAGACUACCACCAGGCCAGAGAUCUAUAUCAGAAGGGUUACGCAAGGGGCGACGACCUUGCCGCUGCCAUGCUUGCAACGCUGUAUCGGGAUGGCUUAGGAGAGACCCAGGAUUCCCGCAUGGCAGAAAUCCUGUAUCGGGAGGCCAUUGAAAGGGGCGACUCUUCAGCAGCAAAUUGGCUCGGUAACAUGUACCAGUUUGGGUAUGGUGUAGCCCAAGACUUGCAGAAGGCCAAAGACCUUUACGAGCUGGGCAAUGCAAGAGGCGACGCUUAUUGCGCCCAAAGCCUUGGACACAUGUACCUCAAUGGCAAUGGGGUGACCCAGGAUUUACACAAGGCCAAAGAAUUCUUGGAGACUGCCAUCUUAAGAGGUUCUGCUGAAGCUGCAUCUCAGCUUGGAUACAUGUACGCGGAAGGCUUGGGGGUGGACCAAGAUGUCCGCAAGGCCAAAGACUUGUACGAGAGGGCAUUUGAAAGGGGUGACGCUUCAGCCGCCAAUUGGCUUGGCACCAUGUACCUGCGUGGAGACGGUGUAACACAAGACCUGCAUAAGGCCAGGGAACUGUACGAGCUGGGCAUUGCAAGAGGCGACAUCUUGUGCCCCGAAAGCCUUGGACAUAUGUAUCGCGAUGGCAUCGGGGUGGUCCAGGACUACAGCAAGGCCAAAGAACUGUACGAGAUGGGCAUCGCCAGGGCCAGUUCUGGAGCCGCACUCAGCCUUGCGUGCAUGUACCAGUACGGCCUUGGCGUAUCGCAGGAUUUCCAGCAAGCCCGGGAACUCUUGGAAAAGGGUUCCGGAUCGAGUGGCAACUCUUCCAGGGCCACGGCGUACUUGGCCCCGCCAUUUUGCCCGAGAACGAUCUGA